AUGGCCGCGGUGUCGGGAGGCGGGCACGGCUACACGGAGAGCUCAUGCAGCGCUCAAGAGCUUUUGCGAGGAUAUAUGCACUACCAUUGGCGGGGGACGCCGUGGCUCUGCACCUGGCAGGACAGCGAGGCUGUGGCUGGCGAGCUGAAGCUCGGCGAGCACUUGGCAGUUGCCCAUCAGGCUGCACCUUUACCCAUCCGUCCUUUAUCAUCCAUUCUCCUCACCUUCAACUUCUGGCCACCUGCAAUAAUGACUUCGACAAAGCUCUACAGUCCACUCUCAAGAAAGCGACGGGAAAUCCGACUCCUGCGAAUCGACCGUCGCGACCCAAUCCCAGAGUUAUCUCAACCACCAAUGGAGUGCACCCUGAUGGCCGCGACCCUCGAGGAGCCACUGCAUUAUGUCGCACUUUCUUACACGUGGGGCAACUUGGAGGAUGGCACCGUAGACAUACUGGUUAACGGUGUACGCUUCGCAGCGCAGCGCAACCUCGCCGACGCCCUCAACAGCCUGUAUGAAUGCUUCCAGGGCUCGUGGCUAUGGGCUGACGCCGUUUGUAUCAACCAGAAGGAUGAGGUGGAGAAAGGCUGGCAGAUCGAUCAAAUGGUUUCGGUAUACGAGACUGCGCACAUGGUGGCGGCGUGGUUCGGACCUUCAAGAGACGACAGUGACUUCCUGCUCGAUCAAAUGGCGGCGUUGGGUAAAAAGAUAUUGAAUGCGGGAGGGGAACGUUUCCUGCACUCUGCGCUGGAUGAAUACCUAACACCCCUAUAUUGGGUCCAGGAGCGCUUUCUGUCCGCUAUUGAUAUCGACGACACAGCAGCGCCUUGCCAAAGUAAUGCACUGGCGGACCUCCUAGCCAAGAUCGUUGUCAAGGAUGAUCCUACCAGCACCAUCCCUUGGACACCUCUCCGGGAAUUCCUCUCCCGGGAGUGGUGGCACAGAAUCUGGGUCGUUCAAGAGUUCGUCGUUGCCCGCGAUGUCAUUUUCAUCUGUGGCAAUAGGAUGGCCAGUUACCUGGAAUUCCAGGCGGCUUUCUGGGCUGUCGCAUGCUGUGGUGUGGGAAUGUCGAUGGCUUUGCAAAAGGACACUCAUACUCCAGCCUCUCUCCGAAAGGUGCGCGAUGCCAUCAUGGACAAAAUGCCCAUGGUACUCAAUGAUCGUUUUAGGACGACCCUCCUGACUUCAGCUUGGUUCCAAAUGACCCAUCGCCGCCGACGACAUGCAGCAAAACAACCUCUUUCCCUGGGCGUCUUGCUUAAUAGAGCAAGCAGCCCGGAAUGGGGCAAAGGGUUUCAGGCAACCAAAAAGAAGGACUUCAUAUUCGCGCUGAAAGGCCUAGCAGCAGAUGAGCACGAUCUUGGCAUACGCUGGCCCGAGUUGUACGCUGAUUCUGACGAAAACGUCUUCACGGAAGUUGCGAGGGCCUUGAUCAUCAAAGACAAGUCAUUGGACCUACUGGCUCAUUGUACGCCGGGCAGAGAGGACACCCAUGUACACCUGAAUCUUCCUUCCUGGGUACCGAACUGGCUCAAUCGGCUGGGCAAGACACUGGCGAGUGCGAAAGCACUGAAUGUGGAUCUCCCGUCCUGUGAAAAAUUCUUUGCUGCUGGAUCUUUGCUGCCCCCCAAAGUUAUGUGGUCGAAAGAUCACCCUGAACGUCUACACCUACGGGGUAUCGUGCUCGGCCCGAUUACUGCGGUCAUGCAUCCCGCUCCGCCGAGCAUACCGCCAGAAGAGUAUCCCUUAACACAAGAGGCGAUAGAUUGGUUCAGAGCACUGUUCCGCUUUUGCAACCCGGAGCCGAUAAGGUAUUUUAGCCUUGGCGACGUUAUCUCUACAGUACUGGCCGAUCAAUAUUUUCUAACGGAUUCCAAGUGGGCGCGUCUUCAUUCCAAGACGAAUGCCAGCCUUGAGAAGUCUCUGGAGCCGUUCGUACUGUCAGACGGCUCGGUGGAAGAAACACGUUUAGACGAUGCCCCUACAGCCUCGACCUUGGAUCUAGCGGGAAGAGAUGGCCAGAAGGGCAAAAUAUCAGCCGGGGGCAUAGCUCAGUACACAGGAUCGUGCACACCUCAUGACGUUGUGGAAUGCGGGGAUACGGAGCGACAGACUGACAACGAGAAAACCCUAUCGGACUUGGUCAAUUUCCUCUCCAUAUCUCAGGCACAAAUGGAACGCCGAACGGUGUUCACGGCCGACCAAAAGCAUCUGGGCCUGGGUCCGGAGCACUUGGUGAAAGGAGACCACGUGGCAAUAGUCGGAGGGGCGAAGGUCCCAUUUGUUCUUCGGCCAUACGAGAUGAGCGGCGGAGGCACUGAGUCAUGGAAACUCGUUGGCGAGUGCUACAUUCAUGGAGUAAUGGACGGAGAAUGGGUGGAGCGCCAGGAUAUCGAUAAGACAGUGCUUUCAUUGACCCUAGUUUGA